GGAAAAGAUAUGAGGGAGAACGGAGAAAAUGGUUUCAGUGUGCUGCCACGUCCCAUGAAAAAUGUCUCCCAGCAUUUGCCGAAAAUCAGAGUUUUUGCAGCCAACCUGCAGGCAGAUGUUAAAGCUUCUGCUGCUGCUCUCGCCGCAUGAGGAAGAACGGACCAGCCGGGCGUCAGACAGCAGUAGUAUGCCACCUUAACCAGCUCUGAGCUGUCCACCUCUAUUCAUCACUUCACAUUCAGCUCAGGCAUCUUGGUGAAGAUGUAGUCUGUUUGAUUACUAUGGAGAUGUCUCCAAACACACUCUCCCGGACCGUGUUGCCAUGGUCGCUGUGCUUGCUGUUCUUCCUGACCCCCGCCCCCCAGACAACCUCCGCCCCCGCACAUGAGACUGCUCAUCCGGUCAAUACCACCUUGCUGUUUGACAGCGGCCCCCCGGGAUUCAACCUGCGCAACUGCAGCUGCUCUACACCCAUACGGGACUGUGACGAGGCUCUGGCCAACUCUUUGUGCAGAUGUCGCACCGUGCUGCGCUCCUCCCUGCCCCGCGCUGGCCUCAGAGAACCUGGACAGCUCACCAUCUGGGUGAAGGAUCUCUGGGUCCUGGAGGAGCUGCUGAACAGCAGCGUGGUUGGCCAUUUGCAGUUGUCUUUUUGUGGAAUGAAACCACUGGACAGUCAGUACCUCGCUCUGCUGGGGCUGCAGAGCCUCAGGAUCCACAGUGCGUCGCCCGAAGCUGUCUAUCCCACACAGGAAAUUACAGUCUCUUCCCCAGCAGGGACUGCAGCAGAGCAGCAAGCUUUUUCUCUUGACUCCUUCCACAUGACCUUCCUGGAUGUAGCGGUGCUUAACGGGCUCUCUGCCCUCAAGGCUUACAGCGUAGCAGGAAUACCGGCGACCACCCUCUCCCACAACUUCCCCCACCUGACCAUGCCCUUUUCACUUCCAUCCUCUCCUGCUCCUUAUGACCCUGUAGACACCAGAGAGCAGCCUGAGGAGCCAGCGCAGAACCUGCUCAUCACAUUUGUGUACUAACAUUCGUAAGCUAGCUCAAGGAUCAGGGUACAGUAUAAGUGUCAAAUGAUGGGCAGGAAUGAUACUUUUAGAGUCCCUUUGCAAAGGAAAAGUUGCACACCUACGCUCGUGGAAUAUGCUCUGCUGUAAUUCUGACCUAAAUGUGGCUUUGAUCAGAGUCUCUGGAGAUACCGUUCUCUAGGCGACACAUUUUUUUUUUUGACCCACAAUUAACGCAAAAAUGUGUCAUGACCCCAGCCGGCCCCGUACUUUUGGAAAUUAGGAAGUGGUAAAAGCAGCAAAAGAAACAAAACGCAGGCAGAAUGAGAACUAAGGUGACAUUAUAUUAAAGGAUUUUACCCAAAGGAAGAAGAAGAACACAAAAGGAUCUAGAAACACCUAUCUUAAACAGAAAGUGCAGCAGCAGCAAAGCUUGCUGGUCAAGCAAACAGCUGAGAGCAGAGAGCCCUCUAUCCUCCCUCUGUCUGAAGGCAGACUACAUUGGACAAAUUGCAGCAAUGACCUCUGGACAACUCCACAAGCAACUUUCAACAGCCGUAGCUAAACGGUUGGCUGGCUUCUUCUGGAGACUAUUUUGGACAGCAUUUGUCAUUGUGUUGGACUGUUGCAAUAAUAAUAAUGUACAUUGGCGUAAAGCGAGCAUAUUUGUCCAUUCCCAUGUUGACAAGAGUAAUAAAAACCUGACAAAUAUCCGUUUAUGGUCCAUUUAAAGCCAGUUUAAAAUGAAUUAAUUGUCAUGCGAUUAAUCGCAUUUUAAUCAAUUUUUCAUUUGAUAUGCAUACUACUCUCUUGCUGCUCUUUCUGUCAAAUUCAGAUGUUAAGCAUUUCUGCACUUGCAGUGAGUCUGAUCUGUGCCAGCUUCAGACAGUGCAACAUUUUGGAGCUACUCAGAUGUGGGCUUUCACACCACGGAGGACCAUAUGUUUUGAUAACAAAUGUUACUGGUGGUACCUUGGUACAUGGUACCUGUUAAGGCAUUCAACAGUAUAAGUAUAUAAGCCCUUCCUACAGAUGUGUUAAUGGCUUUAUAAAAGGUUAAGAAAGUACAAUUUGUAUGGAAGAAUCAAUGACAUAAUGCUGCUAUUUAAAGCAUUAGAAAAGUCUAUUCUUUGUUCUUCAUAGUUCAUACUUCACAGUUUUCUGCCUGGCUCUUGUUUGUUCUUUUUGAGGAAAGGUUAACUUUUUGAAUGCUGGUUUUAUCCAUUCCAUCCUUUAUUUAUCGCUAUCAAUCCCCCAUGUAUCAUGCACCACCUAGUAUGUUAUAAUCUUGUUUGUAUCAUGCAUAUAUGCUGCAUAUGCAUUACCCAGAUGCAUAGAUGGAUUUAUCACCUUGCUCAUCUCCAUCUCUUACGUCACACCUCCCAUUUCUCUUUAGCCACCAGGCUUCCAACACAUGGGUCCCUUCAUAUGAGCUGGGUCCUGUUCAAGAUUUCUUCCUGUCAGAAAAUAGUUUUUCUUUGCCGCUGGCCUGGCAUCUCAAACGUUUUGGCGUAUAUAACUGAUCUAGAUCAAUAAAAAAUGAUGGAUUUACAAUCAAAUAAACUUGUACAUUGGAAGCUGUAACGUGAGCACAUGCUGGUUGUAGCAUCCUUGAGAAACUGCAGGCUGCAGUCUGAUAUGCUUUCUGCUAGAGUAAUACUAUAGAGGAAGCAAACCACAUGCUUGCUUUGAGAGAGAUUUGAGAAAUUCCACAUUUUGAUCCAGGCUUCCAAAUGGGGGUUUGUUCUUUAUGCUGCUCUUGGGGUACUAAUGGGUUACAGUUGCUUCUGGGUUCUUCAGAUUUACGUGUGGUGACAACUUAAUCCAGAGCACUGACAAAUGAGUGAAGAAUACAGGUGCUUUCCACACAGGACACGUGGACUUAUUGCAUUAUUUAAAGAUAAAUAAAAAAUGGAGUUCUCUCACUCCUAGAGGCUUAGGGGAUUUAUUGAGAAGGCUGGAUUGCACAAAGGCUGUACUUUUGCAAUAAUUCAAUUGAACUCCAAUUUGUUGAUAGCAUAGAGGUCUAACACACAAUAGAAAACUGGAAUAAUACUCAUCCUAAAGUGUUCACAUUGUACACACCCUGAUCGCAUAUUAUAUCACAUCUUGCAAAGGACAGAAGGGUAGCAGUGGUUCUGAAACUAACGGGGUAAUGUAACCAUAACGUAUCUUCUCUUUCAUGUCCAUGAGUUGUGCUAUACCUGCCACAUCUUAAACUACUGCGCAGUACAGUGCAUCACAUCACAAGACGAACUGUAGCAGCUGACUGCAGGGAAUGCUGGCUGGAAACCUUGCAUGCAACCCAGAGUAGGACUAAGCCUGUUCCUGAGCUGGGUGAUACUGCUACGAUUAGCUUUGAGAGCUACUUUGUGGGGGAAAAGGAAAGCUGUAAAAGCUAGUAAAGCUAGUAAAAGCUGACUAAUGGGACAGAAAUGGCACAUUAUUGCAUAAGAACACAAGGAGAAGGAUGAGGCCGGUCUUCCUGCUGAGGUAUGAGCUGACAGAGAGGCUCAGUAGGCUCACUGUUAUGAAGGCGAUGUUUUGCUGCUACAUUAUUCCAGCUGGCCUUAUUGCGUGCAGAUGGUCUAAUAAAACAAGUUGUUUUGAAACAGGUUAAAAUGGACGCCUAGGGUUAGGACCUCUCUUUCGCCAGCCAACAAAUCCCACUCUGGCUGGAUCAAAACAAUGGUUCUGGCUCUCUCUGCUGAACUGGAUGAAUUGCGCAGUUUUAAAGCAACCGAAAGCCAAGUUACCAGGGACCUGUGAGGAUAGAGAGAAGAAAAGAGAAAGGAAAAACUGGCCCCAGAUCCAAUUGGAUGUGGUUCAAUUGCUCUAAAGCUGUUAGAUGUUUGUGAAUGAGUCAUGUGUUUGUUAUUGGAAAUUUCUCGCAAUCUCAAACAACUAAAUGAGAGUUCAGUUUGAAAGAAAAACACCUUUGAACACUAUGAAACAGGAUGUUCUCUCAGGAUUCUUUCUCCCUCUGAUUCCUAUGAGAGUCUUUGCUCUCACAAACACAGUUCAUGCCAGCACUUCUGUUCCACAGACCCUUUAAGGACUGGUUGUCUGCACACACAUCUGCAAACUUCCAGGCACGAGCAAACGUCUGUGUGUGUGUGCACGUGUUUGUGUUUUUCUUCCUACGAAUGUGUCACUCUGUUGCAGGAUUAGUGUUGUGCACCGAUCAGGCAUAACAUUAUGACCUCCUAAUAUUGUGUAGGUCUCCCUUGUGCGUCCAAAACAGUUGGGGCUAAUCAGAGGAUGGGCAUGGGCCAUCUGAGGGUGUCCUGUGGUGUCUGGCAACACAAUGUUGUUGGUGGGGGCCUCUGAGGGGAGGGGGCUCCGUGGAUCAUCCCACAGAUACUAGAUCAGUUUGGGAUCUAGGGUUAGGGUUAGGGUUAGGAACUUAGAACUUUUCUUUACAAAUUCCUUUUAAUCUCCAACUGCAGACAAAUACAUGGAGCUUGUACUGUGUUAUAUGGUGUACACAGAACUGAUCUGAUAUGAUUCUUUAAAAUAGUUUCAUACAUUCAAAAGAGAGGAGAAUUAGCUAAUAAUAAGCAGAGACCAUAUGCUGUCAGGAUGCCCGCUGCUUAGCUUUCUCCACCCCAAAAAGGAACUGGCUUAAAUCUAUUCACUAUUACCACAGUGUUGGGGAUUGGCACAAUGUUCAGUGGUUAUGUAAGUCAAAACUUUUUCUGAGCUCAAACACCCUGCUUUCCAAAAUGUGUAAAUCAGUAUGUCACAGUUAACGUUGCACUGUUAAACCGUGGUGCUGUCUCUUUUUAUGGUGUGUUUUGCCAUCUCUGCUUACAUUCCUUAUUUAUCCCGUGGGAAAUGCGGUGCACAGUUGCUUCAUCACAUAGAAACAGAUAUGAAAGAUAUUUAAGUUAUAUAAUAAUCUGGAUACAGAAUGCUGUGGAAAAGUAGUGGCAGCAAUGGCCACAGUCCAGUUGGUUCCUCACAGGAAGGCGUUGUAGAGUCUUGUGGCCUGAGGGACAAAUGUCCUCCUCAUCCUGUCCAUGGAGCAAUAGAGGGUGGUGGACAUUGUUUAUGGUGGACCAGAGUUUGCUCAAGGUCCUUGAAUUUGACCAGGCAGGAUUCUGAACAACACCUCCCCAUAAGACAUCAAGGCUGGGUGAAAGUCUGACGUCACUCUCUUCUCUUAGACUUUCCCUUUCCAUUCUUCCUUCAUCUCUUGAUAUUUAUUAAAGCACCUUAAGUAUGGACAUCAGGGAAUCGAAUUACUCAAUUGUACAAUGCUUAUUUGUAAAAGAUUCCUUUUUUAUUUUUUACAAUCUCUGAUAUGUUCAGUGACUCAUUGUUGAAUCGUGAAGUGUUUACGGAGCAGACUGUGUAUUUGGACAUGGCUUGGCAGGUUUGAUUUGUAUAUAAUUUGGAACUUGUAUGUUUAUCGUGAAAAGACGAUGUGGACUGUUUGGUCUGCAGACUCCAUUGUAGAGCUUGACCUUGUUACUUCAAGUUAACCCAUAGUUUCAAAUAAAGAUCUUAAAGAAGUAGUGUUA